GUUAAUACAAGUAGAUAGUUAUCACAGGUUAGCGAUGGGUGUACCGACCGGUAAAAACGUCGAGGCGAUGGACGUAGACGUGAAUCCAUCGGACACGCAGAACGGCGACGGUGACGGCGCAGGUGAACGCAGGGACACCGAUAUGCAGAUUUUGUGCGACAUUCGGGAGCACACGCGGCAAAUCGAGAAGGCGGUGCAGAACAAGGAGCCACGUUUCGUGCUCCGUGCCCUUCGCGCCUUACCCAACACUCGUCGUCGUCUCAAUCCGGUCGUGCUCCGCGGCCUCGUCACGGGCUUCUACACCAAGUCCGUUGUUGAAAGGGACGCCCUGCUCGCUUGGGUGGAGGAACCGAUGGACGUGGACGACUGCCAGGCCAUCACCCAGAAGUUCCGCAGUUCCUCGGCAUCUCUAUUGCCCGAGAUCGACGGCUACAUUCAUUUGCUGGUGCUGAUUCGACUAAUCGACACCGGCAAGUACAACGAGGCGGUGCAGUGCUCGGAGCAGUUGAUCCAGAAAAUUGCCGCACAGAACCGUAGGACCAUAGACCUGAUCGCUGCCAAAUGCUACUUCUAUCACUCGCGCGCGUACGAGCUAACGGAUCAGCUGGACAAGAUCCGCGGCUUUCUACAUCUUCGUCUACGUACUGCAACUCUGCGCAACGACUUCGAGGGCCAGGCGGUGCUGAUCAAUUGCUUGUUGCGCAACUAUCUGCAUUACAAUCUCUACGAUCAAGCGGACAAACUGGUGCUCAAGUCAACUUUUCCCGAAUCUGCCAGCAACAACGAGUGGGCUCGCUUUCUCUAUUAUCUGGGCAGGAUAAAAGCCGCUAGAUUGGAGUACUCGGCCGCGCACAAGUAUCUAGUACAGGCGAUGCGCAAAGCGCCGCAGACUACGGCGGUUGGAUUUAGACAAACGGUACAGAAGUUGGCGGUAGCCGUGGAGCUUCUUCUUGGCGACAUCCCAGAGAGACAGAUAUUCCGGCAGGCCGCUCUACGAAGAGCCCUUGCCCCAUACUUCCAAUUGACACAGGCGGUACGUCUAGGUAACUUGCAACGUUUCGGUGAGGUCCUGGAGAACUUUGGUCCGCAGUUCCGCGCCGAUCACACAUUCACGCUGAUCCUGCGGCUGCGGCACAAUGUUAUCAAGACCGCGAUUCGUUCGAUCGGACUCUCCUAUUCUCGCAUCUCGCCAGCUGACAUUGCUCGCAAACUGGGCUUGGACUCUAGCGUGGAUGCGGAGUUUAUUGUGGCUAAGGCGAUCCGCGACGGGGUUAUUGAGGCUACCUUGGACCCAGAGAACGGCUACAUGCGCAGCAAAGAGACCACCGACAUUUACUGCACCAAGGAGCCCCUGUUGGCCUUCCAUCAAAGAAUCACCUUCUGCCUAGACCUGCACAAUCAGAGCGUGAAAGCGAUGCGUUACCCACCGAAAUCUUACGGGAAGGAU